UGACUUUUUACUCGCAUAUAUCGAUUUUGUGGAUCAUUGGUACGCGAGUGGCGGCGAGAAGGUGGCAGUCAAUUUAGAAAGUUUACUUUCCUGUAUGUGAAAUUGAAACCGCACAAACACGGAGUUCUGCUACUCUCUAGCAUGCCUAAGUUGACGGGAAACGGAUACAUCAUACACAAAGGGAUCAAUGGAUACAGUCACCAUCAGUCCCAACAUCUCGCGGACGAGCAGACCAAUGGCAAAAAAAUCACGAAUGGUUUCAACAAACCGCGGACUAAAGCACAAUACAAGUAUGAUUACAGCAAGGAGCAUCUCAAAUCCUCGUAUGAGCAGGUUCCACUGCAUACCGCUUGCUUCACUUAUCUCGGCUUCUAUCUACUUAUGAUACUCGGUUACAUAAAUCAGCUAUUCUUCACGCCAAAGGUGGCAACGGAGAAGCACCGCGAUGGCUAUGUACCGUUGUACGAUGCUUUCGAAAAAUUCUAUCUCAGAUACGUGUACCGUCGCGUGAAGGAUUGCUGGAACCGACCCAUAUGCAGUGUACCGGGCGCCGAGGUGACACUAAAAGACAGAGUCACGAAAGACUACGGUUGGUCGUUCGAGUUCACAGGAACUGAGCGGAAGUGCUUGAAUCUGGGCUCAUACAAUUAUCUCGGAUUCGCCCAGAACGAAGGACCAUGCGCAGAUGCUGCGGAAGAAUCGAUCAAAAGCUACGGAUUGGCGGCCUGCAGUUCGCGACGCGAAAUAGGCACCAACCCGCUGCAUGUGGAGCUAGAACAGCUCACCGCAAAGUUCCUAGGCGUCGAGGAUGCCAUCGUUUUCGGAAUGGGAUUCGCCACCAACUCACUCAACAUUCCCACGCUGCUUUCCAAGGACUGUCUGGUGGUGAGCGAUGAAAAGAAUCACGCCUCAAUCAUCCUUGGUCUGCGAUUGUCCGGUGCCGUUACAAAAGUGUUCAAACAUAACAAUAUGAAGGAUUUGGAGCGUGUUCUGCGGGAUUCGAUCGCAAGAGGGCACCCGAAAACUCACAAACCAUGGAAAAAGGUUCUCAUCAUCGUCGAGGGAGUGUUCAGCAUGGAGGGUUCCAUCGUUAAACUACCGGAAAUCAUAGCGUUGAAAAAGAAGUACAAAGCCUAUGUGUAUCUUGAUGAAGCCCACAGUAUUGGAGCCACCGGACCAUCGGGACGUGGUGUUGUCGAAUUUUAUGGUGUGAACCCGAAUGAUAUUGACAUUCUAAUGGGAACAUUCACCAAAAGUUUCGGGUCGGCAGGAGGUUACAUUGCUGGAAGUAAGAAAUUAGUCAAUUUUCUGCGGGUAAAUAGUCACGCCCAUUGUUACGCUAGUUCUAUGUCCCCUCCGGUGACACAACAAAUUAUCACUUCCAUGAGAAUCAUCAUGGGUUUGGAUGGAACCCACGAGGGUGAGCACCGAAUCGAGCAGUUGGCCAGAAAUACAAGAUAUUUCAGGAAAAGGUUAGCUCAGAUUGGGGUUAUAACAUUUGGCCAUGAAGAUUCCCCCGUUGUUCCAAUGUUGGUGUAUCUCUUCUCCAAAAUUGGUGCUGUUGUUCGUACGCUGACAUCGCGGAACAUAGCCGUAGUUGGGGUCGGGUUCCCUGCGACGCCUAUCAUGGAGGGCAGAAUACGGUUCUGUCUGUCGGCAGCACAUACCAAAGAGCAGUUAGAUUAUGCACUGUCGGUGAUCGAUGAAAUCAGUGAAACGCUUGGACUCAAGUAUUCGCGAAAACCGCGCGACAUGAGACCAAUAGAAUACUAAUUUGAACGCAAAAAAAAACACAAACACUUACACAUCCAACACACUUAUAAUAAGAUAGAAAGCAGAAAAGUAUGCCUUAUUACAAAUAGAUUAAACCGAACAAAACUACAAUGUAUGUUGCCGUGUUCAGUUGAAGGAACGAAUUCAUCGCGUAUUAUUAUUCUUAAAGUUUUUUCUCCUCGUAAUGCAUUUUGUAAAAUGUUUCCUUUUGGUUGAUUUCAAUAACAUUUAUUGUAAUAUGCAGUAUAGUUUAAUGUAUGAAAUAAUACAAAAAUGCUACCGGCUUUGUAAUAACAGUUA